UCACCCUGAUUUCACAAAUAUCAAUCGAUCGAUUCGCAAUACAUAAAGAGAAAAACAAAGAGGGUCAUUAAUUAUCAGUGAGGAGGAGUGCCCGCGCACAGAAUGGGCUGCGCGUCGAGAGUAGCGGUGGUGGCGGUUCUGCUUCUGGGCAUCUUGAGUGUGGCCGUUGACAGUGCCGAUACGAGGAUCCUCAAAGGACCUGACUGCAGGGGCCAUUCCAAGGAUAAGGAAUACAACAAGAGAAUGAAGACUCUACUUGAUAUCUUUGUGAGCGACACUAAGAACGUUGGCAGACAUCAUGGGGAUUACGUUUACACCCAUAGUUUCCCCAAUUCCGACAAAGGUUCUGUCACUGGUCAGGCCAUUUGCGACUCCCACUUAUGGAAAUGGGGUUGUGGGAAAUGUCUCGGCGACGCCAGCAAAUACAUCCACCGCAAUUGUGGCUCUACCCUCAAUGCUACCAUAAUACUCGUUGACUGUUCUAUCUCAGUCCACAAGAUAUGACUUCUGUGUCUGCCUCCUAGCUCCUCUACUACGUACUACUACACGCUCCUAUCUCUUUUUUUCAUUUUUUUUCAUUCUCCAAGUUGUAUUCGGGAUCAUUUUGUGGCCAAGAAGGCCCUGGAUUUGUUUCCUACGGGGUGUUGGGUUGGUUUUGACUUCCGAGUGUGUUUGUGCUCAGAAGUUGGUCUUGUAUAACUUUCAUUUUCUUGCAAACGACUUAAUUAAUCACUAUAUUUAAUAUAUAUUGUCCAUUUUCUAUGAUUCUAUCCAUAGUUGAGUAGUAUUAGAAUUAUUAUACCACAAGUUAAAAAAAAUUACCAAAAAUCAAAAUUACUGUUCCUUAAGAAAAAAUCGGAAUCUAU